CAGGCGGGCUGAUGGAUAUGAAAGACUGACUGUUCAUCCAGGGCGCUUCUCUAUCUUAUCUGUUGAUAUUUCUGUUAGCAAAAUCCACAGCACUUGUAGGCUUUAACAAAAGCUACUGCACUGUUACUCUGUUCUUGCCACUGCGGAUAAAUUACGAAAACUAUGCUGUUUAUAUACCUCAUGGUGGUUAUUCUGUAAGCUAGCAAGAUCAUGAUCAGGCCCUCCUCCAAGGUGAUCAUAAAGUUCCUUAUCGUCAUGCAGAAGCACGGUUACAUUGGUGAGUUUGAGUAUGUGGAUGACCACAUAUCUGGCAAGAUCGUUGUUGAGUUGAACGGCAGGCUGAACAAGUGUGGAGUCAUCAGUCCCCGCUUUGAUGUUGGCGUCAAGGAGAUCGAGGGAUGGACUGCUAGGUUGCUUCCAUCUCGUCAGGUAUAUGGACACCAUCUUCUUCGGGUGGAGUGAAAUUCAAGUCUAGGAGCACCAUAUUGAUCUGUUAUGUUGCGUUUUUCCAACACUAAUAUGUUAUGCUGCGUUUUGAGGGAAGUACAUGACGAUAAUGUCAACCAAAAUCAAUGUUCAUGUAUCCGUGGUUUGUUGAUCGUAUCGACGGAAGGUAGUGCAAUGCUGUUCACCAUGAAGUAAUAUCGUUUAAUAUAUAAUGGUGUGCUCUUCAAUUAAACUGAUGUAUGUAUUGCCUACAUUGAAUAUGCUCAUCUAUCUUCCCUUGGUUAUAACAAUUUGGUUUUCCGCUGCUCUUAGUUUCAAAGAAGUUCAUGACUCCAUGAUUGGUCUGAUGUUGGGAGCUCCGGUGACGAGCAAAGCGGGCCCUCGACACGGGGAGGAGCUUACGUGCCAUUCAUCAAUUCUCUGGACAAAUACAUGACAACGUCAUUCUCGCUUCCAGCGACAACACACUAUAUUAUGUCUUUUGUGUCAUAGUUCCUGCACACAUGUCUUUCUUUGGUUUAAUAGAAUUGGAGGCUCGAUAUGUUCUGCAGCCAGUUGAAAUUGUUGCACCCUGAUCACAUGCUAGUUUAAUCAACCGCACCAGCAGAAGAUAACUUUGACAUGGCUCUCCAAGCUGUUGCUUGAGACCCCCAACGUGAUUGCAAUUAUAGCGCCCUGAGCUUCUCGUGUUUCAGCUUGAAGUGAUGUAGCACAUGAAAUUGUAUUGUUUUCUGCUUUAUAUUGUUCUAUGGAAUACUGUGCUUACAAUCCUCUGAUUUUGAUGUUACAUACUGUGAUGGUACUGGUAUUCCAGAUUAUUUACUGUGGUGGUUAUGUUUUGGCUCUA